AUGAGGUUGAGCUCGGACGAGAGCCGAGACAUAACCAAUCAAGCUAUUGGACAGCUCGAUACGCGCUAUAGAGCAUGUACAUCGAGUGAAAUCGCAAGCUCAUCUGAAAGAUCUGGGAUAAUUGGGGAGUGGACCACUCUCUCGGGAUUCAAGUGGGAUUCAACUAGGAUUCAACCGGAGAAUGCUCCGGCUAGUAAUUCAACGAACCCGACUCAAAGAAGUCAGACCGAAGAAGCAGAGGCUACACCGCUCACUAAUCAAGCUGCUUCAACAGAUAAAAAUAGCGAAGACAUCUUCGAUCUAGAUGAGGAAACGCUAAAGAUCAUCGGCGAAGAACCUUCAAAGGCCCUAAAGGAGCUAGAAAUUCAUUCCAGCUUGGUAAAUCGCUGGAACCCCUGGUUAAAACAGGGGCUAAAGAGGGAGGCAAGAGACGAAUUACUCAAGAAAUACCCUAGAGCAGGUCCUUGCUCUCUGGAACCACCAAUCCUUAAUCAAGAACUGAGCUCACUGAAUACUAAUAUUCUAAAGAAAGACAAAUACUUUACGUUUACUCAAAACUUGGCAGGCGCAGCCCUUUCGACUCUGGUCCCUGUCAUAAUAGAUUUGGUACCGAUGAAGUCAAAAGAAUCAAAAAGAAGGCUGGAAAACCUAUGGGACGCAGCCCAGUUAUUGGCGGAAAUUCACCAUUCACAGACAAUAGCGCGAAGAGCAUGUAUCCUCCCAAGUGUCUCGAAACAGAUGGCCGAUCAGCUAAUGAAAAGAGAAGCAGAUAAAUACUUAUUUGGCGAAAACCUAGGUGAAAGAAUCAAGGAGAUAAAGAUGAUCAACAAGUUGGGACAAGAUAUGAAAAUACAACCGAAAACCACACCCAACUUACAGAGUUCGUCAAACUGGAAAGGCCCACUGGUAUCUCUGAAGUCGCCGACCCAGUCGGGCCCCAAAUAUCGUCCUGAACAGUCAAGGAGGCCGGCAGCAUCGGAAUCAACGAGGAAAUCCUACCCGAAAUCGAGCAGUUACCGAGAUCGCGCUCGAUACCGAGACAAAUCCAGGCAUCGCUAG